ACCCGUAGUAAGUAAGUAUCAGGUGAAUCUGAGUUGAGUCUUCAGGAAGUAAGAGCAAGAGGUUCACGGAGGAGAAUGUGACAGAGGGAGGGGGCAGAUUAAGGACGACCCAAAGAGUGAUGGAGAAAGUAAAGAAGGGGAGAUGGAAAAGAGGCCAAGGGAGCAGCAGCACGACCUGCCCUCAAGCAGUCUUCGCGUGCCUCGGGCCCCUAGGGCCCUCAGGAACUUUCCAGGAGAAAGGCGGGACUUCCUGCCCAAGGAUGAACGGCUUCCGAUCCGGAAGAAAAGAUUCUAACGGCUUUAAAGAUCCUGGUCCGGAGCUUGCGACUGGAAGGGAAAGUCAGCUCAGGAGGAUUAUGAAUCUCCCAACAGUGAAAUUCUGAAGACAAAUGCAAACAAUUCUUCUGAGGAAGAAAAAACAGGAGUUGUUUGGAGAAACAUUUGUGGAUGCACAGGGAAUUCACCAACCAACUUACAUAUUAAUAAGGAUAUAUAAACAAGAGGGAAGUAAGGGAGAAAAUGGCUGAUCCUUGGCAAGAAUGCAUGGAAUAUGCAAUAAUUCUCGCAAGAAAAGCUGGAGAGAUGAUUCGGGAAGCUUUAAAAAAAGAGAUGGCUGUCAUGGUGAAGAGUUCUCCAGCAGAUCUGGUUACAGCAACUGACCAAAAAGUUGAAAAAAUGAUACUUUCUGCCAUAAGAGAGAAGUUUCCUUCUCACAGUUUCAUUGGUGAGGAAUCAGUGGCUGCUGGGGAAUACGGUGUCUUGACUGAUAAUCCCACAUGGAUAAUUGAUCCUAUUGACGGAACUACUAAUUUUGUUCAUAGAUUUCCAUUUGUAGCUGUUUCCAUUGGCUUUGUUGUGGGGAAAAAGAUGGAAUUUGGAGUUGUAUACAGUUGUGUAGAAGAUAAAAUGUAUACUGGCAGGAGAGGAAAAGGGGCUUUUUGCAAUGAUCAAAAACUUCAGGUAUCAGGACAAGAGGAUAUUACUAAGUCACUUUUGGUGACAGAAUUGGGAUCUUGCCGAGAACCAGAGACUGUAAAAAUUAUUCUUUCAAAUAUGGAAAGACUACUUUGUAUUCCUAUUCAUGGGAUAAGAGGUGUUGGUACAGCAGCAAUAAAUAUGUGCCUUGUUGCAAGUGGAGGAGCAGAUGCAUAUUAUGAAAUGGGCAUUCACUGCUGGGAUAUGGCAGGAGCUGGUGUAAUCAUUACUGAAGCUGGUGGAGUGCUUUUGGAUGUAACAGGGGGUCCUUUUGACUUAAUGUCACGAAGAGUAAUUGCUGCAAGCAGCAGAGCCUUGGCAGAAAGAAUUGCCAAAGAAAUCCAGCUAAUACCUCUUCAGAGAGAUGAUGAAGAAUAAUUGAAAUAGUUUGAGUGCAUAAUUUAAUCACAAAAACGACUUUUCCCCAUGUCACAUGCUGGGGAAGGCAAAUCCUUCCAAUCCAACUGCAAAUUGAACUUGAAUGAGUAGUGCCUCUUUCAAAGUAUAAGGUUGAUUUUAAACUGUCUUUGAUUUCAAGAUUAUAAAAAUUAGAAUUUUCUUACUUGGCAUAAGUACAGAAAAGUAUUCUUUUAACUUCUUUUAAUGGUUUUUACGAGGGAAGAAUAGAUGGAGGGGAGGAGGAAGAACUCCAAAAUAAAUAUGGUUCAUAAAAUAAUCACUGUCCAAUUACUUGUGAGUUGAAAUAGUCAUGAAGGAUCUUCAGAAUAUAUGGUUUUCAGAAUAUCCUUUUAACUUGAUAUUUUCAUACUGAUGUGACCUUAAGUUAAAAAUAAAUAAACUUCUGUAGGAAGAAAACCUUAGGGCUUCACAAGCCAUAUUUUAUUGAAUUAUAAGAUUGGAAAACUAACUUAUUCCUUAAAUAAUAAUGUCUUAUGCAACUUGGGUCUUAAAUCUUAUUUUGAAAACAGCAAUUCAAAAGUCAGAAUAAUUUCCGUAAGGAUUCAGUUGAAUAGACUUUAUUUGGUACCAAAGUCUAAUUAUUAUUAAGGGAAAUGUGCUCAAUGGCUAGAUGUUUAUCAUUCCAUAUAAUUAUAUACUACAUUUAGUGACAUUUGAAAUUAACACAGUUUUUAUGAUACUUAAUAAUUGUACCAGUCAUAGGGAGAAUUUAUUUUAAACUCUUUGUUGACUAUCCUAUUGCAGAUUGCCAGAACAAUUACUGUAUUUAAAGGAUGUCAAAAUAAGCAAUGAAAAAUUCCUUGGACUAAAUAUUUGAUGCCAUUUUUAUCUUCCAAAGUCGUUUAUCCAGUUUAACUGAUUCAAAUAAUAUUGAUUGUUUUUGUAAACAUUGCAAUGCAAAUAGAGUACACUCACACAGACUUCUUUGGUAUACUCCAAAAGUCUACUUCCAGCAAACUUUUCUCAGCAGUCUUUGGCUUCUUUCUCCCACUCAUACAAAGGAAAAUUGCACUGAUUGAUAGAUAUUUUAACAGAAUUAAUUUAUUCAAGGCCAUAACUUGAAAUGUGAAUGAAACAUAGAAGCUUUGUGUUGUUAAUGUGUUUCAUAUUUGGUGAAAUUAAAAAUGUUUAAAAGUGUUAAAAAUGUUCAAGGUAGGGAAUUAUAUUCAUUGUCAUGUAUGUUGAAUAGGUGAUACUAAAAGUAUAAGUAUUACAGUUAUUGUACUUGUACAGUUGACUAGUAUAAGUACCUAAAAUAUCAUAUACUGUAUUAUUCCAAGAUGAAUUUGUUUUUUUUUAUUCAGUUUGUUUUAGCUAAAAAUAUUAUAUAUGUGGAAUAAAUAAAAAAUACUGAUAUUUAAAUUCAACAGUG